CAAUAAUUUUAAUGUUUUUUCGAAAUUGUAUGGACCAAUAUAUUUACUUAUGGUUAAAAUGCUCAGUGAUCCGAGAUACACAGAAUCCAAUAAUGGCUAUUGUUGGUUUGAACUCAUGCAAAUAUAUGAUAAAAUCUCUGACUGUAUAUAUUUUUUUAACAAAAUCUACGCGAAGCAGAUUUUCUUAAUGUUCAAUGAAUGGCUCAUAACCACGCUACUUACGAUUUGUAGAUCUAUUUCACCGACUUAUAAGAGUACUCAUAAAGUCAGGACGGAUUUGUACUUUUAUGCCUUCUCAAAUAUUCGGUCACUGCUUCUAACUGGAAUCAGCGAAAGACUUAUUCAAGAACGAAGAAAAACUCAACUGCUUUUGGAACAUAUUUUGAUUUACAAUGAUUUAGAUCCAGAUUACCGCAGUCAGGUCAAAACCAUGUUAGCUUUAGUACAUACAAGACAACUCCAGUUAUCAGCAGUCGUAUGUUCCGUUAAUUUUCCAAUUAUGAUCACAUUUGCGGCUCGAAUUGUAUCUUAUACAGUUCUAAUGAUACAAAACUUCUACAUGAAAUUACUAUUGAAGAAUUGAAUUAUACAUUAAUGAUCUUCCGGAUUUGAUAAAAAGUUGAUAUGUUAAAAAAAUGUUCACUAAUAAUAAUUAAAAUUAAUCUGGAAA